AUGUGGCGUCGCGGUGCAAAAAUUGUUGCACUCGGAAUAACUCAAACGGUGAUUGUGAACUCCCUUGUUCUGAAUCAAUUCGUGUUCCAGCGCGCGGUGUACCGUCUGUUGGUUGGACUUUACUUUUUAGUUGCCAUUUUUGCUUUGGCUCGAAAGAAGAGUGUUCGCUGCAUUACGGUACUGCUGGUGCCACAGUUUCUAAGCAAACGAGGACGUGCAGCUCUGAUCGGAUACAUAUUUCUCCUCACCGUUACGGGACCUACAGAAAACACGAUGCGCAAUGUAGAGGUGCUGGGAGGAACACUGAGCUGCACACAGGAACAGCUUAAAACGGCCAUCCAUGAUACGCUGACCGCCCUAAAGGUUCCCUUCCUGGCAAUGAAACAGAUAGUUGGCGAGCUGUUACAGACUGUCGAACGUUCGUUCAUGAAGGUACAGCAGACCCUCAUGGAGGUAUUGAAGUUGACAAAACGAAUCCUCCGCUCCAUUAAAGCCGCCUACGAUUGGUUACGCGAUGUGGUUUCGGUUUGUAAUGAUAAAAUGGGAACACCAUCCGAUCGCUGCCUUCAAUUUCUUGAACGAACAAUCGAUGCUUGCAUGGAAGAAAUGGGGAGCAUGGAUUUUCUGUGCGAAGUAACCCAGGUCGGCAAAACAUUGUGCUAUGGGGCAAAGAUGGUGGAUUAUUUCUGUGAGCUGAUCGACUUCGUAAGCGAUGCUAUUGUCGACGAAAUUGAACAAGGCAUACAAAGGCUUAUAGAGAACAUGAAGGAUCUUUUUCGAGUGAGGGUUGAAUACGAGCACGGUUUUGAUUUUUCAACAAAUGCCUCGAAAUCAUUCGCCGAAGUAGUUGGAGAAAUCAAGGAGGAGAUCGCAGAACGGAGUUUACCACUUAGAAGAACUUUCAACAUCAUCGGGGUCUUAACUAGUGGCUUUUUUGUUUGCAUUCUUUUGAGAACCAUCCGAUAUAGGGAUAGAUACUUAAGAAAGGAUGAUUUUGAUAACAAAUUUUUAACUGAAGACUUCUACGCGAUCGAUGCCCGUCGCGUGGCGUUGAACAUCGCCACGGUGUUUCCCCUUACACGCAAAGAAAGGAACCGUUAUAUCCCUCUCAUCUCGUAUCACCUCACAUGGAAUGAACGCUGGCGAAUCUUGAAAUCCGUAUCAUUCAUGCUACUAUCCACCAUCCAGAUCGGUGGGUUGGUUUUUGCGGACUAUGCGCUGUACUGGUCUCUUACGCUAAUCAAACAUUUCAUGCGAGAAGAAUCCGAGCAUCCGAAUAAUUCGAGCCACAUGGUUCCACUUGCGGUGGGGAUUAGUGGCGAAGGAAUCCUGGCCGACACGUUGCGCGAUAUCGUGCGUUCCUUUGACCCUAUUGCCAAUGGAACAGCGAUCGAUCCUUCCCGCUGCAUUCCGGAAGCUUCAGCACCUCGGUUUGAGCGCUACUGGCAAAUCCUGCUUCUGCUGGUACUAUGCUGGCUGUUUGCCGUGCUGGAACCGUAUGGGUUGCGUGUGAGGCAGAUAGUUAUGCGUCGGUACUAUCCCUAUCGGGCACGUGCUAGAGCGUUGUGGCUGUACGGUGACAUGAUGCUCAAGAGAGAAAGUUUGUGGAAGGUACUGAGAAGACAACUAUCCGGGUCAAGAAACCAACCCCAUAGGCAUGGAGGUGCUGCUUGGUGGAACGUACUUCGUGCGAAAACAAAUCACUUUUGGAUCUGCCGGAAGUUGCUCGGUUUGGAAGCUUUGGUUCGGUGUACGUUGUGUGGCGAAGGUUUGAACGAAUCGGAAGAUGGUUACAUUGAAUGUCCCCGGUCGGAUUGUGCCGGUCGCUACUGUCCGGAUUGCUUUCUGGAAACGGCAAACAGUUGCUCGCUCUGCUUGGAAAGGUUACUGAACGAAUCGAAUUCACAUCUGAGCAAUAUUUCCCUGAUAUCUUUCGAGUAA